AACGUGCUCUAUUCAUCCAUGUCCGCACAGGAUCACUUCGAACAAAAUACCGACAAAGACAAACGAUAAAGCAACGCAGAAUGUCGGUUGAAGUGGUCCUUAAGAACAGUGCCCGCACAACUGGGGAGGGGCCACACUGGGACGAAGAGACUGGCACUCUCCUGUAUGUAGAUAUUUGGGAAGGUGACAUACACAGAUGGAGAUCUUCAACAGGUGUUGAUGAGAAAAUCCAUCUAGAGGGACCAGUGAGCUUCAUAGUGCCGAGCAAGACAGGGGGUUACAUCAUCGGUAAGAACAGGAGUAUCUGUCAUCUCGAAUGGGACACAGAAAAAGUCACACCAUUACAUACUGUAGAAGAGGAGACAACAGAUAGGUUCAAUGACGGAAAAUGUGACAAGAAUGGACGACUCUGGGCAGGAACAAUGGGCAAGGAGUUUAAAGACAGCAUUGAGUUAGAGCGUGGGUGUUUGUACAGUUUUGACAGUUCAGGACUGAGGAGUCACAUGGACAAGGUCAGCAUAUCCAAUGGCAUCGCCUGGACAUUGGACAACAAAACCAUGUAUUUUAUUGACUCUCCCUUGAAGAAAAUCUACGCAUUCGAUUAUGAUGCAGAGACAGGAAAUAUCAGUAAUAGGAGAGAUGCUGUCGAUGUAGCUAAUGGCUAUCCUGACGGGAUGACAAUUGACAUGGAAGAUAAGUUAUGGGUGGCCUGUUUUUCAGCUGGGAGAGUUGUUAGAUAUGACCCAAACACUGGUGAGGAGCUACAAGUGAUAGAGAUUCCAAGCAAGCGAACAACAUCUUGUUGUUUUGGGGGAGAUAACUUUGAAGAUCUCUAUGUUACUUCAUGUGCCAAGCACGUAAGUGUGGAGAACCUAACAUUGAAUGAGGUGCUAAAAGAGGAGCCUUUGGCAGGAUCUGUGUUCAGAGUUACAGGACUUGGGGUCAGAGGUCAAGCAGCUAACAAAUAUAACAGAUGAGAGUGGCAGUCACCCAUUAUAUAUCUGAUAAGAUAAAUAAAAGGGACUUCACUUUAUGUUGUGUUACCUCUAGAUAAAAUUCUCUGGAAGCAAAAGUUAUGUAUUAGUCAGAUACUCCAACACUAUAGUCAUACAUAUAUUCAUGCAUUUCAUGGGAGAUCUGCUCGGAUUAAAAAUAACAUGACAUUAUAGAGGCUAUGUCCAGCUGUUGUGUGGACCUCUAGUUGGUGCCUUUGUCCUUCAAAUGGUUAAGGCGUUACCAUGAUCUGAAGUAUACUUAAGUCUUCACCAACUGUUUGGUAUUUAAAGUAUAUUUGCUUAAUAGCAUGUUAUAAAGGUUGUACAGAAAGCACAUUAGAUAGUAAGUAUAUAUACCAACCAAGAAAUAAAACUAUCAUACAGCA